AUGUUCAAGCCGAGAAUUCCAGAGAAGAUGUUUGACCGAUCAGCGCACCCGAAGAUCAUAUUUGUGAAAGUUGUUGAGCUCUUGUUCCUCAGAGGUACACAUGUUAUCGUCCAUUUGGCACAUGGGAAAUGGGAUUUUCCCGGAAAGAAAAGAGAUCUCGAUUUCUUGCAUUGGGUCCAAAUUGGCCCGCUGGCGGUGUCGAGAAGCAGGGUCAUCUCAGUGCCUGGGCUCCCAAUUUUGAUCUUGACUGAGUAUCGUAAAUCAUUUUUGUCGACUGGGAGUCGUAUUUUGUUGGCAUCGAGAGUCUCGUUAAUUGGGGGUGCGUAG